AUGGUGAAGGUUGGAAUGAACGGAUUCGGCCGCAUCAGGCGCCUGGUCACCAGGGCUGCUUUUAAUUCUGGCAAAGUGGACAUCGUCGCCAUCAAUGACCCCUUCAUUGACCUUCACUGGCACAUGGUCUACAUGUGCCAGUAUGAUCCCACCCAUGGCAAGUUCCACGGCACAGUCAAGGCGGAGAACGGGAAGCUCGUCAUCCAUGGAAAGGCCAUCACCAUCUUCCAGGAGCGAGAUCCCACCAACAUCAAGUGGGGUGAUGCUGGUGCUGAGUACGUGGUGGGGUCCACUGGGGUCUUCACUACCAUGGAGAAGGCUGGGGCUCACUUGA